AUGUCAUCAACAAGGAGAACAUCAUCAUUGUCAUCAACAACUACAACAACAACAACUAAUGAGGAACAGUUUUGGCGACAACGCGCGCAAAUCUUGCGCAAUUUGAGCCGCUGUUCAUCUUCAGACGUUUCUAAACUCGUGAGCCGGUUAUUUUUUGUCGUUUUUGGAAACGGGGAGGAUGGAGGAAGUAGCUGUGGGUUCGUGCACGUGAAGGAUACCGAAGAGGAGAUUGAGAACGUGAGGAGAUGUUUCCAACGGACGAUGAGGAGACACGAGAGCGUGCGAGAAGUGGAGAUGGAUUUGUUGAAACGGAGAGAGAUUGAGAGUACGAAUGGAAAGAGAUAUGAGAAGGAGAGCAAAACGACGAGGUUGUUGGAGGAGAUUUUCAACGAGAACAACAAAGUUGAUGAUGUUUCCACCACUCAAAAGAGCUCAAAGGAGACGAAACAGACGAAGAAAACGAAGAAGAAAGAAGACCCGUUGUCGCCGGAGAUGUCUCUGUCGCCAGACGUCAUCGCGGACGAGAACGAUGCGAAUAAGAGAAAAGUGCGACGACGAACGCCUGGCGGUGAAAAACCAUCGAGGUCGCCGUUAUCGAACGUGAACGAAAGCGGUAUUCGCUACCACCGAGAGGUCUCUCUCGGAAAACCGCCGAGAGGAAACGUGAAACGGGCGAGGACGACGGACGAUCCUUUCCCAGUAGUUCAUAGCAAAGAAAGCAACGAAUCCAGAAAAUCGUACGUGUGCCCGUUUGAGUCGUCGUUUGGAUGA